CCAGAUUCUCUUCUAUUUCUCUAUUAGGUGCUCCAAACUAAUAUUCAUUUUUCCUUAAAUUGUUGGCUUUAUCUUGUCCAAGAAUUCAGAUCUAUAUAGCUAGCUCUCUCUCUCACACACUCACAGCCACACACUUGAUAUGCCAUUUAUCUGACUCUGCCUGUCAGGAAAUUCAAGAAUUUCAGGUUCAGAAAUUGAACUUGGAAAUACCCACAUUAUUCUCUUCAGCAUUAGAUUUUUGAAAUGGGGAAGAUAGUGGUCCAAAUAUUUCUUCUUGGACUAUUCCUUCAAGUCCUUGCAGUAUCUGCUGUUGAUACCAAUCGCCUUAACAUAUGGCCGAUGCCAAAAUCAGUGAGCCACGGACAUUCGACUCUUUAUCUAAGCAAAGACUUUGAGCUCAAGACUGAUGGAAGCAAAUAUACUGAUUCUUCUGGAAUAUUGAAGGAUGGAUUCUCUAGAUUACUUGAUAUCGUUGAAGCUGCUCAUGUUAUUGACAGUAACUUAACCGAUUCUGAUCAGCCAGUUGUGCUCCAGGGACUCCAUGUUGUUGUUUUUUCGCUAAAUGAUGAGUUACAAUACGGUGUUGAUGAGUCAUACAAGUUAUCUGUUCCUGCAAAUGGAAAACCAGUAUAUGCACAUCUUGAGGCACAGACAGUUUAUGGGGCUCUACAUGGGCUGCAGACAUUCAGCCAAUUGUGCCAUUUUAACUUCACAAGCAGAGUAAUUGAAGUUCAUCAGGUCCCAUGGACCAUUGCUGAUCAGCCAAGGUUCUCUUAUCGAGGGCUUUUAAUUGAUACAUCACGACACUAUCAGCCAUUAUUGAUGAUAAAGAAGGUUAUUGAUUCUAUGGCUUACGCUAAAUUGAAUGUGUUACACUGGCACAUUGUAGAUAAACAAUCAUUCCCUUUGGAGAUAUCUUCAUAUCCAAAACUGUGGAAUGGUGCUUAUUCUAUUUCAGAACGAUACACAGCGGCUGAUGCUGCUGAAAUUGUGAGUUAUGCUCAACGACGAGGGAUUAAUGUACUGGCAGAAAUUGAUGUUCCAGGGCAUGCUCUCUCCUGGGGGAUUGGUUACCCUAGACUGUGGCCAUCAAAGGAUUGUCCAGAGCCACUUGAUGUCAGCAAUGAAUUCACGUUCAAGGUAAUAGAUGGAAUUCUUUCAGAUUUCAGUAAGAUCUUCAAAUUUAGAUUCGUUCAUUUGGGAGGAGAUGAAGUUAAUACCAGUUGCUGGAUAAUAACGCCACAUAUAAGGAACUGGUUACAAAAGCAUAAAAUGAACGAAUCUGAUGCUUACCAGUACUUUGUCUUACGAGCACAAAGAAUAGCUUUGUCUCAUGGAUAUGAAAUUGUCAACUGGGAAGAGACCUUCAACAACUUUGGCAAUAAAUUGAGCCGGAAAACUGUGGUCCACAACUGGCUUGGAGGUGGUGUUGCUCAGCAAGUGGUUGCGUCAGGGUUAAGGUGCAUUGUAAGCAAUCAGGACAAAUGGUAUUUGGACCAUUUGGAUAUCAUGUGGCAGGAAUUCUAUAUGAAUGAACCACUCACAAAUAUCACAAACCCCAAGCAACAGGAAUUAGUUCUUGGAGGUGAGGUAUGCAUGUGGGGCGAACACAUUGACGGGUCGGAUAUUGAACAAACCAUAUGGCCACGUGCUGCAGCAGCCGCAGAGAGGCUUUGGACACCUUAUGACAAUCUAGCUAAGGAUCCAAGGCAAGUUACUGGAAGGUUAGCACACUUCAGGUGUUUGCUGAAUCAAAGAGGAGUUGCUGCUGCCCCAUUGGCUGGAGGUGGUCGUGUUGCACCUGAAGAGCCAGGUUCUUGCUAUAUGCAAUAAUAGGUUGAAGAACGCCCCUAGAUCGUGAGGACAACGUGUAGUAGGUUCAAUUACUUCGCUCGAAAUGUCUCUAAAUUAAUGAGCAAUUUGGAUAGAAAUAAGCAUCUUUUGGUGUUUAGGGUCCAAAAAGUCGAUUGUUUGUUUUAAGGCGAUGUCUUUUUUGUCAUGUCAGCCUCAAGUAAUAGCAACAUCAGUUUCAUAUCUGUAACAAUGAUGUUUAUUUGAAUAAUGAAUUACAAUUGUUCUUUUAGUGA